AUGGGUGGAAGCACCGAUGCAUACUGCGGUAGCGGCUGCCAGCCGGGCUUCGGCAAUUGCAAGCCUGCAUCCUCGUCCGUCUCGUCCGCCUCGUCCUCGCCGGCGAAGGCCCCAAUCGCACCGGCGAGUGCAGCGCCAACCACGAGCACGCACGCAGGUUCAACAUCCGCCUCGCCGUCAAGCAUCGUAUCAACUUUCAUCACCUCGUCCCAGGCCACGAGCGCAUCGCUCGCCGACCCUAUCCCAUCUUCUUCAUCCACGAUUCCGUUAGUCGAAAGCCUGUACCCAGGUACUUUCACAACAAGCACAAGCACAUCGACUACUGCAGUGGAAAGCUCGACUUCGCUGGAAGCCACUUCAGAGUCAACAGCGGCCUCGGAAAUUGUCUCUGCGCCUGGCCAGCCUCCAGCCUCGCUCGCAACGUCAGAGGUCACCGCUUCAACGGACGCUAGCACCAGCUCUUCCAGCGUCUUGGCUACCCUUGCAGAGUCGCCUACCACUACUGUCGAGCUUUCGAGCACAGCUGCAACCCCGCUCGCUACAUCGGAGGUCGCUUCCUUGCAAGUCGAGAUUGUCUCUCCCGUCGCAUCAAUUACCGUGCUCGAGACGUCUGUCGAGCCAACCACCACAUCCACGCCAGUAUCCACGGAAUCCCAGUCCGUACCGAUGGAAACCAAAACCGAGACCAUCUCUUCCACCUUUGCCCCCGUGAUCAGCGCGUCGCCGUCGUCGGAGCCUGCCGCAUCGAGCUCAGCGGUCGAGACGCCGUCGCUACUCCCAGAGACACCCGCUUCCUCUUCCCCAGCAACUUCGAUCGUCGCGACAUCUACCACGUUAGCGCCCACAACCUGCAACACGCUCGCCGCGAGUUACAAUCCCUCUUUCGAAAGCGGAGCUAUCGCACCUUAG